AUGGGUGAACACGCCAAUGUGUCUUCAGGGUUUUCGUCGAUUCCCAGAUCCAACUUAAAGAUCGGAGGCAAUGAAUUGGAUGAAAAAGAGGAGUUGGAUAAAAUUCGACGUGUUAACCCAAUUCCAAAUUCAGGUAACACUUGUCAUGCUUCUAAAGACACUGAAAAUGAAAUGUCUCAAGCUUGUAAAGUCUCGCAGAGUUUUGUUAGAGAAGGAAAGAGUAAUACGACUGAACUGUUGAGUCAAGAGGUCAAGCCUUCUCCGACUAAACUUGGUCUUUACACAGAUGUUGGUUCUGAAAAAGGGGCUUUGGUUAAGAGUAAUGACGCUGAAUGUGUAGCACAGAGAAGAAGUGGAUUAUCGGUUUCCAGCUGGUUGAAUGAUGAUCUAUCGUCGGUUUGCUCAUCCAGGAGACUCGAUAAACCUGGUUCAACGGAUGUUUAUUCCGAGUGUGGGAGUUCAAAUGUUCCUCCUGUCGAGGGAAAAGAUCCAAUGAAGCUGUGGAGAGAAAUGAAACAGAACGGGUUUCUGUCUAAUCCACACGGUGGGAUUUCAGCGACAUCAAGCAGCUGUCUCGUCUCAUCUUCUCAUGGAGGGAUACCGGCUCCAAGGAAACGUGGUCGCAAAAGCAAGAACAACGAUGCUGCUGCAAUGGUGAAGAGGAGACAGAUAGAGAUUGCAAGGAAGGAAGAAGUUGACAGGUUUGCUAGGCUUGCUGCUCCUAGUGGGCUGCUCAACGAACUGAACCCUGGAAUUAUAAACCAUGUGAGAAACAAGAAGCAAGUGCUUUCCAUUAUCGAGAACAUUGUCAAGUCUGAUAGAGAUUCCGGAAACUUCUAUCAUCACCACCCGAUGAGGCAUAGCAAUACUACAAGUGGGGGCUCCAAGAAGAACUUGGAAGAUGUCAACACUGAUGGCUCAAGAUCUGAUUUUAAGUAUGCCACGCCAGAAGAUAACUACUCUAUGCGCUACUACGAGGAGAAUUCCGCAGAUGGUGAUUUCAGUGAGGAAAACAAUACAGUUGGGUCGAGGUUUCAGGACGGCAGUUCCUUGUCAAGCGUGGAGGCAGCAGAGCUUAAAUGUGCUAGUGUGCUCACUGUUAAAGCGGCUACGGUAGCGUCUCAAUGGUUGGAACUGCUUCAUCAGGACAUCAAAUGCCGUGUUUCAGCUCUUCGACGUAGCAAGAAGAGGGUUCGAGCUGUUGUGGCGACAGAGCUACCUUUCUUAAUAAAGAAAGAAUUCCCAGCUAAUCAAGAGAAUGAGCCAAAUUCACUCAUCGGUGGAGCUUCGAGGGCUUCAGUAGUGAAUAACCACAGGACCAGAUGGAUGGCGCUGUUUAAGCACCUCGAACAAACGCUAUCAGAAGAAGAGAAACAAUUGGAAAGCUGGCUAAACCAAGUGAGGGAGCUGCAAUCACAUUGUGACCGAGGUCUGCAACACUUGAGCUUGAGUUCUGGUCCGAACUUCUUACAGUUAGGAAUGCCAUUGUACUCUAGAGCUGCGGAUGCACUGAUCUCAGAUAAGGAUUUAGUGGUUAGAGCAGCCGCAGCCUCCAUAUUCUCGACCUGCAAUUUUCUAGCAACAAAGGAGAACAUAACCUGCACCUGA